AUGAGUAAUCAAGGAGAGGAAAUUGAAGAAUUCCCUUCACUACUUCCUGAUGAUCAAGAAGUUAAUUUAACGAAAGAAACAAAAGAAACUGCUAAAGCUUUAGAACAACCUCCUGUUAUAGAAAUUAUUGAUGGAAAUAAAUAUGAAGCGUACAGAGAAAAAAUGAAAUUGUUUGGGAUUUUCGUUGCUAUUAAUGUUAUUUUUAUUGUGUUCGUUCAAACCGCAUCAUCCCUUGCUGUUCAGUUAGUUUUCUUAUGUUAUAUCAUAUUUUCAGCACUUCCAAAAUUUUUAUUUGGAUCUAUACUUCAAAAAUGUAAACCUCAUGUCCGUGCACCACCAAUUAAUAAAACUGAUAUUGAUGAAGAAGAUGGAGAACGGAUAUGGCAUAUUUCAAGUGAAAUGUUCAAAUGCCCUUCUUGUGGAUGUGAUUGUGGUGGUCAAAAUUAUUGCACAGAAUGUGGACAAAGUGUUGAACACGAACAUCCUAUUUUGCUUAGUGUCUGUUUGACAGUUCAUCAUGAAGACGCAUCUGGUGUUGAAGGAGGUAUAAGAAGUUUUGAAAUUAGUGUUUUACCAUUUGAACCAAAGUAUUGUCAAUUAAUUUUCGUUAUUGAUGGAAGAAGAGAUAGAAAUAUGCAAAUUGAUUAUCAACAAUUAGAAACAGCUUCAUUUAUUAUUUGUAGACUUCUUGGAGUUGGAAGAGACCAAAGUUAUGCAGAUGAUGAUGGUGUUAUUAGAUUUAAAGAUGGAAAAGGAGAUCCAAGAAUAUUAGAAGAUGGGAUGGCUGUGUAUGAAGGAAUUCUUGAAAGUGGAAUGAAUUGGAUAGUAUUGCUGAAAAAGAAAAAUGGAGGAAAAAGACAUUCUCAUGAAGUUUUCUUUGAUUAUAUGGAUAGAGGAAUUACUCGUAAAACAGCAAAAGCAAUUAUGUUUGUUGAUAGUGACGUUGAAUUUGCAUGGGAAGGAAAUGAAAGGGGCUUAAUGGAAAUGUAUAAUGGAUUAUUAAAAAGAGAAGCUAUGGGAGGUGUUUGUGGAGAAAUUGAAGUUGCUCAUUGGUACAAAAAUCCAUUAACAAUGUGUCAAUACUUUGAGUACAAAUCAAAUCAAUUUUUAGCUAAAACAUUUGAAAAUUGGUUUGGAAUGGUUACUUGUUUACCAGGUGCUUUUUCUAUGAUUCGACCACAAGCUAUGGAAACAGUAUUAAACGAUUAUUUAGCUACCUCUACUUCUAUAUGGGAAAAGAAUCAACUAGAUCUUGGAGAAGAUAGAACAUUAACUACACUCUUAGUAGAAAAAGGUUGGGAUACAGGUUAUGUAACCAAGGCUGUUGCACAUACUGAUGCGCCAUUUACUUUAGUUGGACUUAUUAAACAAAGAAGAAGAUGGAUUAAUUCUACAAUUGUCAAUAUGGGUAUUUUGUUACAAAGAAUAAGAAGACCAGUAGUUCUUCCUUUGUUAGUAUCUUUGUUUAUUGAAUUGUUAAGUUCUUUUAUGCUUCCUUGUGCUGUUGUUAUGUUGUUUAUUCAAAUCUUUGCUGAUUGUGGAGUAAAUAAAGCUAUUUGCAUUGGAGUUCUUGUUCUCUGGUUAGCACUGCUUAUAACAUUUAGUUUAACAAGUAAGAUUGAAGAUAUGGAAUAUUGGUUCCAAGCAUCAACCAUUAUUGGUGGGUUUUUAGUUUUUCUUAUGAUUGUAGGAGUUAUUCAAAAUAUUUAUGGGUUCUUUGAUAAGCACUGGCUUGAACUUUCAGUUAUGUUGUCGUGGGUGUUUAUUAUUGUGUUUGCUGCAAUCAUUCAUGGUCAAUGGUUUUCUAUAUUUAAUGUUGUUGCUCCAGUUGUGUGGUUCCUUUUAACACCUAUGAUGUAUGUCAUUAUUCCAAUUUAUGCAGUGUGUAAUUUUGAUGAUGUGUCAUGGGGAACGCGAGGAGGAGUUUAA